UUUCUUAGUUUUUUUUUUCAAUGACAUGACAUGACACACGAUAUCUCGUUCUCUCGCCUACGUUUGCGUUCAGCGAGCGCAGCGGUGUCAAACUUCACAGCGCGUUUUAGCAAAUAAAGCUCUUAAUAUGCCUCACUGAGAUUGAAAGGAAGCCAUAGAAACCAGCAGACGGGCCUGGAGAUGACAGAUCUCCACUUUAGAGCAUACAUUUAAACUCUGCGUUUAACAUCCUGACGACUAAGGUAGAGUAUUAAUAUCGAUAUUUCAGACAACGUGUGCGAGAGAGGAAACUUAUGACAGAAUGCUAGACGGCUGGUAAAAAUGAGAAGGCUUAAAAUCGAUACGAAAGAUUGUUUCUGUUUCUGUCGAAAUUUCGACCCUCAGUACCGUGCUUGUCCACAAGAUGGUGCUGCACACAGAGGCAGAAACUCAACUGGACCUGGGUCCUUAGUAAAAAAAAGUAGGUUGUAGCUGAUUUACAACGAGUUUUGGCUCAUAUUGCGUGAUCUGUGCAUGUGGGCGCUGCAGUCUUCGUUCCAGAACAGUACUGAGAGACGCGUUGUGAUAUGCAGCUGGUCUGGGAUCAGUUGUGUCCCUUCGGCUGAUAAUGGACAUGGCUGGGACACGGACGGAGGAAGGCUGAUCUGAGAUCAGUGCUCUUCCUCUCUCAGGGAGGGGCCCUGAGGUGCGGCAGGUCCCCCCUGAAAGAGGCGGGUAGGCGUGGCUCUCGGGCCGGAGUGACAUCACUGCUCCUGUCAUUCACAGGUUCCGGUGAGGGGGGGGGGGGGGGGGCGGAGCUCUCCAGAGAGCGCCGGAACACUGAAGGUGUGCUGGGGUGAGUGGAGGAUAUGAGGAUGAAGACUGAGCCCUGAGGUGUGGCAGUAUGUCAGGGUACAUACCAAGUUACCUGGACAAGGACGAGUUGUGCGUGGUGUGUGGGGACAGAGCGACAGGCUACCAUUACCGCUGCAUUACCUGCGAAGGCUGCAAGGGUUUUUUCCGACGGACGAUUCAGAAGAACCUGAACCCGACGUACGCUUGCAAGUACGAGGCCAAGUGCGUCAUCGACAAGGUCACCAGGAACCAAUGCCAGGAAUGCCGCUUCAAGAAGUGCAUCGCCGUCGGCAUGGCGACGGACUUGGUGCUGGAUGACAGCAAGAGGCUGGCCAAGCGCCGGCUGAUCGAGGAGAACCGGGAGCGGCGGCGGAGGGUGGAGCUGCAGAGGAGCGUCUGGGACAGGCCGGAGCCCACGCCCGAGGAGUGGGAGCUCAUCCACCUGGUCACCGAGGCCCACAUGGCAACAAACGCCCAGGGCAACCACUGGAAGCAGAAACGCAAGUUCCUGGAGGAAGAGACAAUGCUACUUAAUGAAAUAACAUGUAAUUUAUUCUGUGCUUCUGACCAGAGCGACGUUCGAGUGGCCGAAUGCAAGGCGGAGGACAUUGGUCAAGCCCCCAUCCUCAGUGCCCCAGAGGGGAACAAGGUGGACAUAGAGGCCUUCAGUCAGUUCACUAAAAUCAUCACCCCGGCCAUCACCCGGGUGGUGGACUUUGCCAAAAAGCUCCCCAUGUUCUGUGAGCUCCCCUGUGAGGACCAGAUCGUCCUGCUGAAGGGCUGCUGCAUGGAGAUCAUGUCGCUGCGGGCGGCGGUGCGCUACGACCCGGAGAGCGAGACGCUAACGCUGAACGGCGAGAUGGCGGUCACGCGCGGCCAGCUGAAGAACGGCGGCCUGGGCGUGGUCUCCGACGCCAUCUUCGACCUGGGCGUGUCCCUGUCCGCCUUCAACCUGGACGACUCGGAGGUGGCGCUCCUGCAAGCCGUCAUUCUCCUGAGCUCGGACCGGCCGGGCCUGAGCAGCGUGGACCGGAUCGAGCGCUGCCAGGAGGACUUCCUCCUGGCCUUCGAGCACUACAUCAACUACCGCAAACACAAGGUGCCGCACUUCUGGCCCAAGCUCCUGAUGAAGGUGACGGACCUGCGCAUGAUCGGGGCCUGCCACGCCAGCCGCUUCCUGCACAUGAAGGUGGAGUGCCCCACCGAACUCUUCCCCCCCCUCUUCCUGGAGGUGUUUGAGGACUGACGGUACGGGACACGACCCCCCACCCCCCUCCAAAAAAAACUCUGAAGCACUACUGUCGAUUCAUUCCAUACCGUAGGAGUAGCGUCAGGCCUAGUCUUGGAUGGAACCAUUCCUACAAAUGCGGGUACAUGUGAAUAGCAAUUUUAUUUUAUUUUUUUUGUGUUGUUUUUUUUUUUGGGGUAUUUGAUUUAGUGUUUUUUUGUGUAAAUUUAUCUUCUUUGUAUCCUUGUUGUUUUUUAUUUUUUAUUUUUAUUUUGUCUGUGCUUACGUGAUUGUUUUAGAACUUGGUCGUUCGCUAGCCAAUGUCAUGCCAGUGACUUUUCAGUUUUCAGUUGCACCUGAAAAAAAAACAAAAGUACCGUUUCCAAAAAGAGCGAGAAAAAGAUAAAAGAGAGAAAAAAAAAACAGAAGGCAUGUUUCCCGCCCUCCCACUGCUCUUGGUCGCCUCUUCAACCGAAAACAAACAGAAAACAGGUACUACUCCUCAGUUGUUGUCAAUGUUUUACAGUGAAGCUAGCUUUGUAAUGUUGAAUUUAGGGAUUUUUUUUAAGGUUUGUUAUUGGCUGGAAAACAGUGGAAUCCUCUUGGAUGCUGCCAUUCUGGACUUCAGGUGAACACACACAAACACACACUCACACACACACAAACACAUACAGACACAGACAUACAUACACAGACACACAAACACACACACAGACACAAACACACACAUACAUAGACACACAUACACAGACACACACGUGCACGCACACACACGCACGCACGCACACACACACACACACAAACACACACAGACAGACACACACACAUGCACACACACACACAUGCAUCAUGACUGCACCCACAUCGAUGGCACAUUUUUUUAUUCUGUUUGUUUCCACGGUCAGGCACACGUACGUUUUUUUUCCGGUCUUUUCCAGAUAAAAGCGCAUUCUCUGUUCCACUCACCACCAGUCAAGGAACAGACAGCAUCAGCGAAGGAGCCGGCCAACUCACUUAAAAUUCACUUCUGUUGAAAGAUUUCUCUUGUUUGGUGCCAAAAAAAUAAUGUAAAAAAUGUGUUUUUCUUUUUUUUUUUAAUAGACAGAAUAAUGGAUCAUAUUCUGUUCUGGGGUCCAGGAAGUUUGACUCGACUGGACCCGGUUUGUAAAGGGACAUUUUAGGAUGUGGGUUCCACGGUCCCCACACACGGUACCGUCGGAACCCUGCUCUGUUUGUCCCUCUUUGUGUGCCGUAGCUGUGCAGCAGUGUGGCCCCCUCAGGCAGCCGGCUGGGGGUCCCCCCAACUUUUGAUGUCCCCUUAAAUGAACACGGCGACUGAGGACCGCCCCCCCCCCACUCCCCCCCCCACCCCCCCCACCUCAGUAAAAAGGGGCGGGGCAGUUUUGGGACGCUUUUUAUCGCGCCCACUCACGGAAACCUGUCUAACAUGUGACUUCACAGCGUGCAGCUAUUCAGUGCAAUAUGAACACCACACAAUUUACAUUUCAAGUCUUAAGUUCAAAACUUAAGUUUAAGAAAAAUACUUUUUUUCAGGAGAUUUCGUAAAGUAGAUAUUUUAGAGCGCCCCCCCCCCCACCCCACCCCACUCCACUCCAGGAAGCUCCUAAGCAGGCCAAUCACCAGUUGGCUGCACAGUUUCGUCUGCGUCUUACAGGAAUUCACAUUUCACGUUAACUUAAGCAGUACGCACGGAGGUGGUGCUUCUCCUAGCACUGGCUGCUGCUUGUAAAUGUUGAUGAAAGAGGAAGAGAGAUCCUCACUCUAGAUUUUGAGCGGAUGUGACAUCGGACCGGACGCAGACUGACGUGCACGAAUAGUGUUGUUUUUUUGUUUGUUUGUUUUUUUCUAUAUUCAUUCGAGUCUCGGUUGUUUUGUUCUUAAACCGUUUGUACCUGUCCUUCUCCAGAACCGUUACAAAAAAAAAAAAAAGAACCAAGAAACGUCCGAUCGUUACGACGACGUGUACUUUAAUCAUUCACGCAAACACACUCCCUCACACACACACACACACACACACACACACAUACGCACAGAGAAAACGGUCAAGCUUUUUUUCGGCGAAAGGAUGUUUUCGGGACGUUUAUUCCCCGUGAGUUAGCGCUGGGCUAGCCGCAGCAUCAGCGGCAGCGGCGGCACAUUUUCGGGGGUGUUUGAAAGGGUCUGGCCUUCGCCACUCACAGUUAACCCUCUCUGUCUCAUGGACAUUGCACAGACAAUCAGCUUUAGGCCAGAGAGAGCCCCAAGCCCUGAGUCACCAUGGCAGCAAAGGGGGAGGGGGGGGUCCUUGGCCAUGCCCCCACAGUCUGACAAGGGGGUGGGGGGGGGGGAAUUAAUGUUGAUGAAAGAAUGUUAUAGUCUGUAUACGUAUUUUUUUUUAACAAUGCGCCAUUGUGGAUAUUUGCUCUUACAAACUGUGGGUGUGCUACUCGGUGUUUAAAAAAAAAAACAAACAAAAAAAAAA